AUGUCCUCCAAACUUGACUAUAUCAGCGACACCUGGAAGGACGGCCUCUUCGCAAACAAGGUCGUCUUCUGCACCGGCGGCGCAGGAACAAUCUGCAGCGCCCAGGUGCGCGCUCUCGUCCACCUAGGUGCAGAUGCAUGCAUUGUCGGACGAAACGUGGAGAAGACAGAACGUGUUGCCAAGGACAUCGCCACUGUUCGGCCCGGUGCGAAGGUGAUCGGUAUUGGGGCUGUGGAUGUGCGGAAACUCGAGAGCUUGAAUGAUGCUGUUGCGCGGUGUGUGGAGGCGUUUGGGGGGAUUGAUUUUGUGAUUGCCGGUGCCGCGGGCAACUUCCUUGCUUCGAUUAACCAGCUUUCUGCCAAUGCUUUCAAGUCUGUAAUUGAUAUCGAUAUCUUGGGGUCUUACAAUACCCUCAAAGCUACGCUCCCGUAUCUGGUCGAAUCUGCCAAGAAGCACAGGGUCGACUCGAACACUCUCAAGCCAUCCCCCGCCGGCACAGGCGGCCGAAUCAUCUUCGUCAGCGCGACUAUCCACUACAGAACUAUGCCCUUCCAGACGCAUGUUUCCGUGGCCAAGGCAGGAAUCGAUGCUUUGUCGCACAGCGUUGCUAUUGAAUUUGGUCCCUUGGGUGUUACUUCUAAUAUCAUUGCACCUGGACCGAUUGCUGCGACUGAGGGAAUGGAUCGUCUUCUCCCCUCUGACGCGAAGAAAGCGUACAUCAAGUCCCAGCCGCUGGGAAGAAUCGGGUCUGUCCGCGAUAUUGCGGAUGCAACUGUGUACGUCUUCGCGGAUACCGGGAGCUAUGUUAGUGGACAGGUGUUAGUUGUCGACGGCGCGGCCUGGCGUAUGUCCGCUGGCGGUGGCUCGUUCGGAAAGCUCGAGUAUCCUGAUUUCCUACUUUCCGGGGAUGCAGUUCCGAAUGUGAAGGGGGCAAAGGAGUCGAAAUUGUAA